AUGGCAGUUGGAAAAAACAAGAGAACAUCGAAAGGAAAAAAAGGUGGAAAGAAAAAAGUAACUGAUGUUUUUACAAAAAAAGAAUGGUAUGACUUAAAGGCCCCCAAAAUGUUUCUGGUGAGAAAUUUUGGUAAAACACUUGUUACAAAAACUAUUGGAAAAAAACUGGCAACUGAUAGCUUGAAGGGAAGAAUUUAUGAAGUGAACUUAGCUGACUUGAAUAAUGAUGAAGAUCAGGCACAUAAGAAAAUAAAGCUGAGUUGUGAUCAUAUUAUAAAUAGAGAUUGCUACACAGAUUUUUGUGGAUUAAGUAUUACAAGGGAUAAGUUAUGCUCUUUAAUAAGAAAAGGGUAUACCCUAAUUGAAGGUUUUACAGAUGUAAAAACUAUUGAUAAUUACCAUUUAAGAAUGUUCUGUAUUGCUUUCACGAAAAAACGACAAAAUCAAACUAGAACAACAUGUUAUGCGCAAACUAGCCAAAUUAAAAAAAUACGAAAAAAAAUGGUAGAUAUUAUGAAUGCUGAGGCGAGCAAGGUUUUAUUAAAAGAUUUAGUAAAAAAAUUUAUUCCGGAAUCUAUAGUUAAGGAAGUUGAAAAACAAUGUAAGAAAAUUUUUCCCUUACAAAAUGUUUUAAUUAGAAAAGUAAAAAUUUUAAAAAGACCCAAAUUAGAUAUUUCGAAACUAAUGGAAUUGCACACAGACCCAAAAGAAGAUUCAGGAAAAACUGUUAAGGCCUUACCAGAGUCCAAAGAGGCUACUAACAUUUUAACUGCUGAACUUAAGCAUUAA